AUGUGCUUGACUCCUCGUGGUUCGAUUUCCUCGUCCGCGGCUCGGGGUGCGUCUGGUCGUCGCGCUCGUCAUUCUCAUUUAGUGUGGUUAAAGCCCGUCGCCCAGCUGCUUGGAACGCGUUCUCCGGACCGCCCUCGACUCCGUUUCGCCCCCGUCGGCCAGCCCCUUGUCGCCUCCCGCCUCGCGAUGGUGGUUGCUGGCGAGCCGUGGCCAUUGCCAUCGCACGCUGCCGCUGUGUCAGCGGUGAGCGGAAGGUCCCCGCCUGCUGCUGCCUCGGGUGUUGCUGCGCUGAAGCCGCCAGUCCCACCUGCCCGGGGGCCACCUCCCUCUGCCGCUGGGGUCUCUCCGCCUCCGGACCCACACCUCGUGACGAGCCCGGCUCCUCCGUCGCCUCUGCCAGGUCCGUCUGCCCCUGUUGUCGAGUCGGGCCCUCCGCUUCCUGUCGAGGCUCCUGCUCCUGCAAUUCCUGCUGUUCCGUUGGCUGCCCAUGCGAGCUCUGUCGCACCGCCUGCUGUUGCUGAUCCUGCUGCUGCUCCGCCUAUCCCGGGGGUCCCUGUCUCAACGCCCGCCGUCGUUGACCCUGUUGCACCUGCCGCGGCUGUUGCUUCGUCGCCGAUGGCGGAGUCCGCCACCACUGGCGGCCAGGCCCCUGUUGUAACGCAGGCGGCGGCCGUCCAGACGGCUCCUGAUGCUGCUCCGCAUGUCGUCGCCCCUCCUGCUCAACGUCCGCCGUCUCCGGGCCGCCGACAGUCUCGGCCCCAUUCCCCUGCGCCUCGUGACGAGCGCGCGGCGUCGCGGCGGCGCCACGAUUCCCCUCGGCGCCGCGGUUCUCAAGCGAACUGGCCCGCGGCUCGCGGCGGUCGUGGUGGGUGGUGGGGAGGGCGCGGUUGUGGUGGCGGCUGGGCGUAUGAACAGCCCGUGACGAUGGCGGAUCUGCAGCGCGUCGUAUCUGCUGCGGUGCGUGAGGAGCGGAACGGGCAGGCGAGCCUGGGCAACUUGCCGCGUGUCGCUCCAGCCCCCGUGCCUCCUCCUCCUGUUGCGCUUCCUGUUCCUGCCGUUCCGCCUCUGCUGGCAGCUGCUCCGCCUCCCCCUGCUCCCUCUGCGUAUGCUGUCGCUCCGGCGGGUCGUGUGGAACCCCCGCGGGUUCCUGCUGUUGCUGACGCCCUGUCAUUUCCGGCGUGGGCGGGACCUCCUCGCAUGGUUGAGGUCCCUGAGGCGUCGCUUGGGCAGCUGUGGCGCCUCGCUGAGGGCUUGCGGGCCGUGCACCUGAUCCAGGCGUACGCUCAUGCUGCUCUCGCUCGUGGUGGCUCGCUGGAUGGUCGCCAGCGGGACGAGUGUCUUGAUGCUGCUGACCGGCUCGCGGAGCUGCUGGCGCCCGUGCUGGCUGCGCCCGCGAUGGGCGUAAUUGCGGGUGUUGGGCAGCUUGGUACAGCUGUCCGUGGGCUGCGGCGGAUUUUGCGCGCAGGCUCUGGAGCCGAUGUGAUCGGCGCAAGCACGGCGGCGGUGCGGGAGCUGCACCGCUCUCUAACUGGGCUCCUGGCGGUUCUUGACACGGAUCAGUUCUAG